AUGAACCUCCUUCGUAAAGGUCGGAGGUGGCCCAAGUUGGAUUCCUCUUACAAUGGCUCCCCUCGUCAAGGUCCUGUCCGCCACAUCAGUCCAGCCCAGCUGAAUCUCGAACGUGUUCAUGAACAGAAUCGUCUCAACGUCCAAAAGAAAGAUGGAACUAAGGCUCCUGAGCCAGCCCCAGGCCCUGCCGCCAAAGGGAAGCCAAGAUUAUUGUUGAUGGGCCAGCGAAGAAGCGGAAAAUCAUCAAUAUCAAGUGUUGUUUUUCAUAAGAUGCCUCCAAAUGAAACUUUGUUUCUAGAGUCCACGGCUAGAAUACAAAAGGAUUCCAUGCAUUCAUUCAUGGACUUCCAAGUCUGGGAUUUCCCUGGCCAGGUUGACUUCCUGGAUCCGUCCUUUGACCUCGACGCAAUUUUUGGCGAAAUCGGUGCCCUUAUUUGGGUUAUCGACGCUCAAGACGACUAUCUCGAGGCUAUAAACCGUCUCAACAGCACGAUUUUAAACCUCCAACCGAGCUAUCCCAAUGUCAAUGUUGAGGUCUUUAUUCACAAAGUUGACGGGCUUUCUGAUGACUACAAGCUGGACAUCCAACGUGACAUCAUGCAGCGGAUUCAAGAUGAGCUCUCUGAUCACGGAGUCGAGAAUGCUCCAAUCAACUUUCAUUUAACAUCCAUCUACAACCAUUCCAUCUUCGAGGCCUUCAGCAAGGUCAUUCAAAAGUUGAUCCCUCAUCUCCCUACCCUAGAAGCACUUCUCAACGACCUUUGCCGUGCUUGCAGGUUCGAAAAGGCCUAUCUCUUCGACGUCCUCUCCAAAAUAUACAUCGCCACUGAUUCUUCUCCGGUCGACAUGCCAUCGUAUGAGAUCUGUAGUGACUACAUCGAUGUAAUUGUCGACGUAUCAGAAAUCUAUGGUUGGGAGCGACCCAAAGAAUACAUAGAGUUCUUGGAGGGGCAACCGUGGAGUAAGAAGUUGGAGGAUCAGGUAGCUUGCAGGGAUGCAGAGAGCGCCAUUGUGUUGACGGAUAUGAAACGCCCGAUCAUGCUGCGUGAGGUUAACAAGUACCUUGCGUUGGUGGCUGUUAUGUGCGAGGGUAGCUAUGAGAAGAUGCCUAGUGUCACGAUGAAUGUGGAGAGCACAGUGAAGGGCCUGCUGGAAGUUUUUGAGAUUACAAAACAGAGGAAGUAG